CUUCAUCUCCUUCUUGUGUCUCUCUUUCUCUCUAAAUAAGCAUCCCAUCUCCUUUUUUCCUUUCAAGAAAAUUUCUGAGUUUUUUUCUUUUUUUCUUUUGUUCUUCAAUCUUUAAACUUAAAAACAAAAGAGACAGAUCCACACAUAUCUAUACAGAUACACUGUUUUAUAGUCAUGGCGGGUGUUGUUGAAGAAGGCGUGGUGCUGAAUCAUGGAGGUGAAGAGCUUGUGGAUUUACCACCUGGAUUCAGGUUUCAUCCAACAGAUGAAGAGAUCAUAACAUUCUACCUCAAAGAAAAGGUUUUAGACAGCCGAUUCACAGCUGUGGCCAUGGGAGAAGUAGAUCUUAACAAGUGUGAGCCCUGGGAUUUGCCAAAGAGGGCAAAGAUGGGGGUGAAAGAGUUUUACUUCUUCUGUCAAAGGGACAGGAAGUACCCGACCGGGAUGAGGACUAACCGUGCAACCGAGUCCGGUUAUUGGAAAGCGACCGGGAAGGAUAAGGAGAUCUUCAAAGGCAAAGGUUGUCUCGUUGGGAUGAAGAAAACACUUGUGUUUUAUAGAGGAAGAGCUCCACGAGGUGAAAAGACUAAUUGGGUCAUGCAUGAAUAUCGUCUUGAUGGCAAAUAUUCUCAUCACAAUCUCCCCAAAUCCGCAAGGGACGAGUGGGUCGUGUGUAGGGUUUUCCACAAGAACAAUCCUUCCACUACAACCCAACAGAUGACGCGAAUACCAAUUCAAAAUCUCACAAGAAUGGAUUCUCUAGAGAACAUUGAUCAUCUCCUAAACUUCUCAUCUCUUCCUCCUCUCAUAGAACCGAGUUUCAUGGGUCAACAUGACCAACUCAACUUCAAACCUAUCAACCCUCCAACCUACAACAUCUCAUCACCAAUCCAACCCCAUCACUUCUACUCUAAUUACCAAUCAAUCUUUAACCACCAGGGUUAUGGUUCUGCUUCCGGUUCCGGUUCUAAAUACACCAACAAUAAGGAUAUGAUCAAGAUGGAGCAGUCGCUUGUUAGUGUAUCUCAAGAAACCUGUCUGAGCUCAGAUGUGAACGCGACCACGACCACAGAGGUAUCUUCGGGUCCGGUAAUGAAGCAAGAGAUGAGUUUGACCGGAAUGGUGAAUGGUAGCAAGUCAUAUGACGAUCUAUGUGACCUGAGGGGGAUCUUAUGGGACUACUGAUUAAUUCUAGUUAUGGUUAUUUUAUUAUUUAAGUGUGAUGAAAGGGUAUAUCUGUUGGUUUUAAGUCAUGUGAUCAAUACAUAUACAUAUAGGAUUUAUUACUAGGGGGAUUAAUCCUAGUUACUUCAGUGAUCUUAUUUAGUUGAUUGUUUAAUUAUUUAUUGUGUGGGGGAAACGGG